AUGCAAUUUUCUCUAGUUUUCCGCUCAAACGCGCCUGCGCGACGCGGCUGAGAUUCCUCAAAGAUCCAGGCACAUGAGUGUUGUUGUUUCAUCAGCUGAGCUUUCCAGUCCAACGGAGCAUCGAGACCAACGAGAGAACAGACGCUGAGAUCCUUCAUCCCGAACAGAGAGGAGCCUCAGAACCGCAGCGUCGAAGAUGGAAACGAGUGUGCUCAACUUUGUUGGAACUUGUGAGGAUUCCUUCCUAUUUGAAGAAGCUCCAUCAGGUAUGGAGGAAGACGCUUUCAGGAUUUCUAAUUGCAAUUUGUCAAACUGCUGGAUCCAAAGCAAGGAACAAAAGUUCUUGAUUCUGCGUGAUUCAGGAUCUCUUGAUGUUCAGGAUCUGAAUUUAGAAGAGCGCCAACAGUCAGAGUGCAGAUUCAACAUCCAAUAUUACCUGAACACGAACAGGGAGACCACCAGGAAAAGGCCCGUCAUUCUGUACGCCUUAAAAAAUGACCAGAAGGUGGCGGUAUGCUGCCAUGACGAGCAGAAAAUCUGCAGUCAAGCAAUGGAUCUCCCCAAGAACAUUGAUGAAGCAAACCACAAGGCCUUGUUUUACCGGACCAAAGUCUCCACCAACCUCUAUAUGUUUGAGUCGUCUGUGUACAGAAGCUGCUUUCUGGCCUUUGAGCCUCUGGAGAAAGACAGCUGCUUUUAUAAGCUGGUGUUGCGUCACAAACUUGAAGACGAGCCUGACGAACCUUGCCAGGUCAUCGUGUCUCAGGUGUGAAACAUGAAGCAAACUGUUGGUCCGCCACCUGAUUUACACUCAUAAGGUGGGAAUUACCCUAAAGACCUGCAGGGCCAGCUUUGUGAAUCCUGCUGGGAAAUUUAGUCAUUUUUUUACUCCAAAUUCUUUUUGUCAGAAAAUGUGACUGCAAAUGUCUGCAACAUUUGAUGCUGCUAGAGCCAUUUGAUCCAGUUUCUUACUUACCAAAACCCAAAGUUCCACCUCAACGGUAAAAAAAAAAUAAACUUAAAGCUUUUAAAUAUUUACAGUAAAUAUAUUUUACAUUUUUUCUAUAAAUACCAAGUUCAAGUUUUUACUUUUGACAAUGGGAUAUACAAGUUAAUUUCAAAAUAAAAUGCACUAUAUUAAAUACAUUUGUAUGCUGCAGCAAAUUUUCUUGUAAGAAAUUCAAACAGACUUUUCUAUCAUGAUUUUAUUCAUCCAUUCUCUCCUUUUACCAUUUAGUUUGAAUCACACAAAGGCUUCUUGAUUUUAGUGUAGUGUCAGUAGUUUUACAAGUUUUUUUACUGAUAAAAGUUUAAAAAUCUUAACGUAAAUGGAAAAACUGAACUAAAUAUCUAUUGAAGAGCAACAGCAGAAGGAUUGAACAACCACAUGUGGCUCCAGAGCUUCAGAUUGCUGACCCCUCCUGUGUUUUAGAGUUCAAAUCCGUUUUCAUCAGACAGUCUUACGAUUACUUGACACUUUUUAGUGGAUCACUCUGUAAUGAACUUUGAAGAAAUGAGGAACCCGACUCCUCAAAGACUGUCAGGACACCUAAAGCUUUAUUGAAACCAGAACGUUCGGAUUGUUAUUUGUGGGGAAAAUGUUGAAUCUGAGUUACAAUGCCAUGAAACAGAGGCUGCUGUUUUCAGUUUUGUUAAAGGUUCUCCUAAGUAGUUGUUCCUUCUAGACUUAUGAGAACCAUAAAGAGAAAUGUAAAUACUGUUGGAUUAUUUUAAGUUUGGCCUGAAUGCAACACCACAUUUCAUGUUUUUAUCUGUUCUUUAGUGCGAUAUAGAAUGUGUGUCAGUGAGGAUUUUGGAUCCAUGACUUUCAAAAUAAAACACCACAUUGUGAUGAGACACCACAGUGCAAUAAAUAAAGCUAUUUUAUGCUAAGCCACAUUAAA